AUUUAUUUAACAAAAAAUUCCGUUAAGAAUCUCGUUAAAAAGACGUAAAUAAAUUAUUCGUGUUGAUAAGGUAUAUCGUUAGUGUUGUAGAAACAAAGAGCUGAUAGUAAAGAUUCAGUAAUGGCCAGCGUACUAGUGUAAAGGAUGAAUUUGGUAAAUUAGUUUUGCUGAUAAAAAAACGUCACUCAAGUUGAACACAAAAUGAGAUUUCCUUUGUUUAUUGCCGCGACAUUGUUUUUUAAGUUGGUUUCCGGAAACUGCGACGCAAGAUGUUCGGGCAACAAUUGUACUUCAGGUCUAACAAAAUCCAAUCAAUGUUAUGCUCGAUGCAAUGAGGAUAGUUGUUCUGUGGCCUGUUAUGGUGACAAUUGCUUUGCCGCGUGUACAGGAUUUAUGUGCAAAUCUGGGUGUGAAGGAACACGUUGUGUUGCCAACUGUACUGGACUAUCUUGUGAUGCUUGGUGCACAGGUCCUGAGUGUCAAAAGCUUAUAAUGUUGUGGUGACGAAGAAAAUAAUGUAUAUCAAAGCAAGAAAAAUAUUUUCCCUUCAAUACGAUUGCAAUUUUAAUUGUUUAAGUAAACUUAUUUACAAAUAUUAAACAAAAUACAAAUUAAAAAGCGGAUCAUUUAAUUUGUACAAUUAAUAUAAAAAACAAAAUAGUCGGUCAAUGAAAAUUGGAUACC